AUGUUCUGGAAGACCUUUCGAUUACCCUCAAUCCUAGCGAAGUUGAGGAAUGUUGAAUCCCUCAUCGUGGAUGAUACGUAUCAGGUGAUCGUACCAGAAUACUCUGAGGAUUCGGACUCAAGGGACACGUGCACUCUGCCCACCUUGUUCCCGAAAGUGAAAUCUAUUCGUCUCGUGCCACUCGCGACAACUUCACAACAAAUGAAACACGUCCUAUCCUUCCUCGGCUCGUUUCGAUCAUUGUCUAGCAUUGUAGUGGAAUGCGGCAUCGACCUUUGGUACCAAAUUAAGGACUCUCCGUCGCUGCCUCUCUCGGAAGACGAAAGAGAGCCUAUCACAAUUACUUCAUCACAUCUCAGGACGUCAAUUCACUCUGGUAUUAUAGUCUCUCUAUUGCUGAGCAAGCUGUUCGUACCCCGACUUCGAAUGCUUCGACUGGAGGGGAUUCACCCGCAGCACAUGGCUAUAAGGAUGCCUCAGAAGCACCUCCUGCCCAUCACUGGGCGCGACGCCCUGCUUGGGACAGUUCCACCAGAAAGUCAGAACGUCCAUCAGAUUGUUCCAGGGGAGCUGUACUCUGAUAUCCUCGCAGCGCGCCAUGCGCGUGGUCUGGGUUCAAACACGGUGAUUGACUGCUCCCCGUUCGCGACGCCCACCGCCGUCUGCGACACGCUCACCGGUGCGAUGUCCAAGGACGUGCAUACCGGACUGGGCCACCCUGGUUCGGGCAUGUCCAGUGCGGAGAUGCACCACAAUGGAAAGCCGCAUCGCAAGAGGGACAGGACGGGGACUGGACAGUAUGGUGGGGCGGAUGAUAACCGGGAUGUAGACUUGAAUUUGUAG